GUUCUCAUCAUGGCUGCGGCGCUGGCUUCCCGGUUCUGCUUCUGGACAGCUCUGCUUGUGACUGCGGCCGCCGUCUAUGAAGACCAAGUGGGCAAGUUUGACUGGAGACAGCAGUAUGUUGGGAAGCUCAGGUUUGCCUCCUUGGAAUUUUCCCCUGGAUCCAAGAAGUUGAUUGUGGUCACUGAGAAGAAUGUGAUUGCAGCAUUGAAUUCUCGUACUGGAGAGAUUUUGUGGCGCCAUGUUGACAAGGGCACAGCAGAAGGGGCUGUGGAUGCCAUGCUGCUUCAUGGACAGGAUGCAAUCACUGUGUCCAACGGAGGCCGCAUCAUGCGUUCUUGGGAGACUAACAUUGGGGGCUUGAACUGGGAGAUAACCUUGGACAGUGGCAGUUUCCAGGCACUUGGGCUGGUGGGGCUGCAGGAGUCAGUGAGGUAUGCUGCAGUCCUGAAGAAGACGACUCUUGCCCUCCAUCACCUCUCCAGUGGGCAUCUGAAGUGGGUGGAGCAUCUCCCAGAAAGUGACAGCAUCCACUACCAGAUGGUGUACUCCUGUGGCUCUGGGGUGGUGUGGGCUCUCGGCAUUGUUCCUUUCAGCCAUGUGAACAUUGUCAAGUUUAAUGUGGAAGAUGGAGAGAUUGUCCAGCAGGUCAGAGUUUCGACCCCAUGGCUGCAGCAUCUCACUGGAGCCUGUGGUGUGGUGGAUGAGGCUGUCCUGGUGUGCCCUGACCCGAGCUCCCGUUCCCUCCAAACUCUGGCCUUGGAGUCAGAAUGGGAACUGCGGCAGAUCCCCCUGCAGUCUCUCGAUUUAGAAUUUGGAAGUGGAUUCCAACCUCGGGUGCUGCCCAUACAGCCCAACCCAGUGGAGCCUUCUCGAGCUCAGUUCUUCCUGCAGGUGUCCCUGACCCACUAUGCUCUGCUGCACUACCACCACGGUGCUCUGAGUCUGCUCAAAAACUUCCCCCAGACUGCCCUCAUGAGCUUUGCCACCACUGGGGACAAGACAGUGGCUGCAGUCAUGACCUGUCGGAAUGAAGCGAAGCAUAGCAUUUCUGAAGAUGGGUCUUUGGGGAGCUUUUCAGAGAAGUCUAGUGUACAGGAGUCACUGGCUUGCUUCAACCAGACCUAUACCAUUAACCUCUACUUAGUGGAGACAGGUCGGCGGCUGUUGGAUACUGCCAUUACCUUCAGCGUGGAGCAGCACGGCACUCAGCCUGAGCGACUAUAUAUCCAGGUGUUCUUGAAGAAGGAUGACUCAGUGGGCUACCGGGCUUUGGUGCAGACACAGGACCACCUGCUGCUUUUCCUGCAGCAGCUGGCGGGGAAGGUGGUGCUGUGGAGCCGCGAGGAGUCCCUGGCAGAAGUAGUGUGCCUGGAGAUGGUAGACCUCCCCCUGACUGGCGCACAGGCUGAGCUGGAAGGAGAAUUUGGCAAGAAGGCAGCGAUUCAAGACGGUUUGCUGGGGAUGUUCCUGAAACGCCUCUCGUCUCAGCUCAUCCUGCUGCAGGCAUGGACUUCCCACCUCUGGAAAAUGUUCUAUGAUGCUCGGAAGCCCCGUAGUCAGAUUAAGAAUGAGAUCAACAUUGACACCCUGGCCAGGGAUGAGUUCAACCUGCAGAAGAUGAUGGUGAUGGUAACAGCCUCAGGCAAGCUUUUUGGCAUUGAGAGCAGCUCUGGCACCAUCCUGUGGAAACAGUAUCUACCUAAUGUCAAGCCCGACUCCUCCUUUAAGCUAAUGGUUCAAAGAACUACUGCUCAUUUCCCCCACCCGCCUCAGUGCACACUGCUGGUAAAGGACAAGGAAACAGGAAUGAGUUCUCUGUAUGUCUUCAAUCCCAUAUUUGGCAAAUGGAGUCAGGUGGCUCCCCCAGUGUUGAAGCGCCCCAUCUUGCAGUCUUUACUUCUCCCAGUCAUGGAUCAAGAUUAUGCCAAGGUGUUGCUGUUGAUAGAUGAUGAAUACAAGGUCACAGCUUUCCCAGCCACUCGGAAUGUUCUACGACAGCUACAUGAGCUGGCCCCUUCCAUCUUCUUCUACUUGGUGGAUGCAGAGGAGGGACGGCUCAGUGGAUACCGGCUUCGAAAGGAUCUCACCACUGAACUGAGCUGGGAGCUGACCGUUCCCCCAGAGGUGCAGCGGAUUGUCAAGGUGAAAGGCAAGCGCGGCAGCGAGCACGUUCAUUCCCAGGGCCGGGUGAUGGGGGACCGCAGUGUGCUGUACAAGAGCCUGAACCCCAACCUGCUAGCCGUGGUGACAGAGAGCACAGAUGUACACCAUGAGCGCACCUUCAUUGGCAUCUUCCUCAUCGAUGGUGUAACUGGACGUAUCAUCCACUCCUCUGUGCAGAAGAAAGCCAAGGGCCCUGUCCUCAUUGUGCAUUCAGAGAACUGGGUGGUGUACCAAUAUUGGAACACCAAGGCUCGGCGCAAUGAGUUGACUGCCCUGGAGCUCUAUGAGGGUACCGAGCAAUACAAUGCCACCGCCUUCAGCUCCUUGGACCGUCCCCAGCUGCCCCAGGUCCUCCAGCAGUCCUAUAUCUUCCCCUCCUCUAUCAGUGCCAUGGAAGCCACCAUCACCGAGCGGGGCAUCACCAGCCGACACCUGCUUAUCGGGCUACCUUCUGGAGCAAUUCUUUCCCUCCCCAAGGCCUUGCUGGAUCCCCGGCGUCCUGAGAUCCCAACAGAACAAAGCAGAUGUAAGGUCGUGGCCUAUGGUUUGGACAUUUACCAAACUAGGGUCUACCCAUCUAAGCAGUUUGAUGUCCUCAAGGAUGACUAUGACUACGUGUUAAUCAGCAGUGUCCUCUUUGGCUUGGUUUUUGCCACCAUGAUCACUAAGAGACUGGCACAAGUGAAACUCCUCAAUCGAGCCUGGCGAUAGACUAAAGACUCUGUGCCAGAGAGUGGAGAGCCAUGGGGGAGUGGGUCAGCUAAGGGGCUCUGGUUUGGUGGAUCAGUGAAAUCUGUGUGAUGGGGAAGAAAGGGAAAAAAACAAAAAGAGUUGGAAAGAAGAUGGACCCUCAUGUGGAAUUGCUUUGG